UGUGGCUUUAUUUAUCUGAAUUCUUUACUAUUAACGCAUUGUUAUACAAACCAAGCGAUGGGUUUUAUAUGUGAACUUCCUUCUGGGUCUGGUCCCUGUUUUACGACGCUAUCAACAAUACCCUCCAUGGGAUACGACAGUACUUGUGUUCUGGCAUCAUCGUUGUGCGCCUCUUCUUGUCUAAGUGAUUCGAGUUGUGCCGGUAUAUAUGUAUCUAGGGAAACAGAGUGUACAUUGCUGACCUACAAAAGUCAGAUGUCAUGGAGUUUAGCAGCAUCCGAUUUACAAUCAACGCAUAUCUUCCAUAAAGGGCUUCUUUAUCAAUCAUCAUACUACCAAUUUCAAGAAGGAUUGACAGAAAAUGAAUUGUGUCUCAUUCCUAUAGCAUCACCAAUAGUGACAACACAAAUACCGGGGGAGAUCACGACUGGUCAAAUAAAUCCAACGCCAGCAUUGAACACAAGAGAAACAGAUACCCAUCUUGAAACAGCAAGUGACAGUUGUUCAAAUUCCUCUUUGGAUUGUAUAGCCCAACUCCGAACAUUAUCCACUUCUGAAGAACAAGGUGCAGCACAAACAAGCCAGGUUGAUAAUCUAGCUACUGAUUCGUUAAAUAUGAUAAUGAACUUGAACAACCAGUCAAGUACAGUUAAUAAUUCUUCUGCAUUAAGUGUAGUAUUCGACAACAAUGCAUCUACUCUGAACACUUCGGAAGUUACUCUAUUCACUGUGCAUUCAGAAGACACCGAAUUUACCACUCUUGCUGCCAAAAUAAACCCAUACACUCAAACUAUCGAAGUUAAAGCUCCUGAUGAUAAUGGAAUAUUUGGUACCUCUAACAAUACUUUACUAUUACAUAUUUCAACCAUCGAUAAUAUUGCCACACUUUCUAUUACAGACAUUCCACAUACUCAAACUGUCGCAGAUUCAACUUUGGAUGAUAAUGGCCCACUGAAUACUUUUUACAGUACUUCGCUACUAUACACGUCAAGCACUGAUAGUAUAAUGAACUCAGAUAACGAUUCCAGUAUGAUCAGUGUAGUCAAUUCUAGUCAAAAUGUUACAACAGGUUACCUAAAUGCUAAGGAAGAUAUGCCACUUUUCAAUUCCUCGAUAUGUUUCUGUAUUUGCAAGGAAACCACAGAAAAUCUGCAGGAAAAGCUCAAAAAGAUUUCUUUAAACCUGAAGUUAGAUACCGCUUCUUUAUCAUCUGUGUUGCGGAGAAAAGUUUCUGCUGAUGAUCCAAGACCAAUUUCCAGAGAAUCUUGUCGGUUUGAGCUUCACACCAGUAAACUCUCUUGGGACAAGGCACACCAGGCAUGUAAACAGCGUGGCUUGACCCUGGCCAGUCUUUCGAAAGGAGCGGAAUUGCAAUCAAUGGCAACUGUUGUAAAACAGGCAGAUGAAAUGCACUCUAAGAAAUAUAACUUAGAAAGCAGUCAUCACCAGGUGGACAACAACAGUUCCUAUGGUUUUACCGUUGAGUAUCAUAAUUUACAAAACCCCAUCCCCCCUUUCUUAGAGGGAAAAUAG